GCCGUUUUUAAGAGAAAAAAAGUGUUCUCAGUGAAUAAAAUGUCUGAUUCUGCAGUUGCAACGUCCGCUUCCCCAGUGGCUGCCACGCCAGCGACAGUUAAGAAGAAAGUGGUCCAAAAAAAGGCAUCUGGAUCCGCUGGCACAAAGGCUAAGAAAGCCACGGCGACGCCGUCACAUCCGCCAACUCAGCAAAUGGUGGACGCUUCUAUUAAAAAUUUAAAGGAACGUGGCGGUUCAUCACUUCUUGCAAUAAAAAAAUAUAUCACUGCCACCUAUAAAUGCGACGCCCAAAAGUUAUCGCCAUUCGUCCAGAAGUACCUAAAAUCGGCCGUGGUCAAUGGAAAGUUUAUCCAAACAAAGGGAAAAGGUGCAUCUGGAUCUUUCAAACUGUCGGCCUCCGCCAAGAAGGACAAGGAUCCGAAGGCAAAGUCGAAGGUUUUGUCUGCAGAGAAAAAAGUUCAAAGCAAGAAGGUAGCCUCUAAGAAGAUUGGUGUCUCCUCCAAAAAAACUGCCGUCAAGUACUCUUCCAUCCAUCGCGAGAGUCAAGCCGAUUAUAGUUUAGGCCCGUUAUAUCUGGCUCGUCAAACGACGAAGGCGGACCACCAUUGAGAAAAUGCGCCGGAG